UGGCCAAUGAAUUAACUGGAUUAGCACACGGGAGCGCGCAUAGACUGCCAGAGCAGCAGCGGCGUUUACAACAGUGAGCGAUAUUUCACAUACACAAAUCAAACUAUACCAACACGUUAAGGGUGUUUUGACCAAAUACACGAGCACAAAUGAGUAAAGAGUUUGACCGACCCUCAUGGGAUUGAGUUUGUGAACUGAAAACACGCGUUCAGCGGGACGUUAUGGCUGGAAAUGGUGAGCUUUCAGGAGAACUCGGGAAAGAAGAAGAGGAUUCAGAAAACCUGUUUGAGUUUGGAGAUGAUCUGGAGCUCAAUCAGUUUGAUGGACUCCCAUACUCCUCCAGAUACUACAGACUCCUGCAGGAGAGGAAAACCCUGCCCGUGUGGAAAUACAGACACGAAUUCAUGACUUUGCUGGAAAAUAACCAAAUUCUCAUAGUCUCGGGCACUACAAAGACUGGUAAAAGCACACAGAUCCCGCAGUGGUGUGCAGAGUUCUGUCUGUCUGCGCAGUAUCAGCACGGUGUGGUUGUGUGCAGUCAGAUCCAGAGACGGCAGGCUGUAGAUUUGGCUCUCCGGGUUGCAGACGAGAUGGACGUAAACAUCGGGCAUGAGAUUGGCUACAGUAUCCCGCUGGAGACGUGCUGCUCCAACGACACUAUCCUCAGGUACUGCACGGAUGAUAUCCUGCUGCGUGAGAUGAUGUCGGACCCCCUGCUGGAGCAGUACGGUGUGGUGUUGGUGGACCAGGCUCACGAGCGUACCGUGAGCACUGACGUCCUGCUGGGUUUGCUGAGAGAGGUGCUGCUGCAGCGGCCGGAGCUCCGACUGGUGGUGUUAUCUGCUCCGCCGACUCCAGAAACGCUCCUCACACACUACGGCAGCGUCCCGCGUCUGCAUCUGGAGGCCCCGAGCGCCGGCGAGGUGAUCCACAGCAGCAGUAGCAGCUCUGAAAGCUUUUAUUCGGCGCUGAGACUCGCACUCGAGGUCCACCGAUCCAGAGAGCCCGGAGAUGUGGCUGUGUUUUUAGCUACUGAGCAGGAGGUUGUGUGUGCCUGUAACAUCAUCACUAAAGAAGCGUCCAGAAUGAGUGUAUCUCUAGGAGAGCUGCUGGCCGUGCCCAUGUGCAGCGGACAUGCUGGAAUCUGUCCACCAGUCACAGAGAGCCCACAGAUGAGUAGGCGGAUCUUUGUUUCUUGUAGCCAAUUAGAAGAUCUGUUCUGGUCGGUGGACUCCAUUGCUUUCGUCAUCGAUACUGGAGUAGAGAAAAGACUAGUGUAUAACCCACGACUGAGAGCCAGUUCUGAGGUCAUCAGGCCUAUCAGUAAAUGCCAAGCUGAAAUGCGUAAACAGUUGACGGGAUCCACAGGAAAGUGCUUCUGUUUGUAUCCCGAGGACGUUCAGCUUCCCGCUGAGAUACAUCCUCGUAUUCUGGAGUCUAACAUCACGUCCACGGCGCUGUUUCUGAAGCGAAUGGAGGCAGCCGGCGUCACACAUUGCCACUUCAUCAACAGACCCGAUCCCGAAGGCCUCAUGCAGGCGCUGGAGGAGCUGGAUUAUCUGGCUGCGCUGGAUAAUGAUGGAAACCUGUCUGAGAUGGGCAUCAUCAUGUCUGAACUCCCUCUGGAACCGCAGAUGGCCAAAGCUUUGCUGGCGUCCUGUGAGUUUGACUGCGCUAGUGAGAUGCUGACCAUCGCGGCUAUGCUCACAGCUCCGAGCUGCUUCAUCGAGCCUCCGGUGGGCAUGUUGACAGAAGUGAUGCGCUGCCACAUGAAGUUCCAGCAUCCUGAAGGCGAUCAUUUCACCCUCAUCAACAUCUACAACACCUUCAAACGCAGCCAGAGGGAGCCAUACUUCAGUCAGGAGCAGUGGUGUGAGCAGUAUUAUCUGUGCUGUGCGGCUCUGCAGACAGCAGAUGCCAUCCGUUCUCAGCUCUCAGACGUCCUGAAGCGCAUCGAGUUGCCCAUUUCAGAGCCCGCUUUCGGCACCAAGACCAACGCGCUCAACAUCAAGAGAGCUCUGCUGGCCGGAUACUUCAUGCAGAUGGCCAGAGAUGUGGACGGAUCGGGGAAUUACUUCAUGCUGCUGAAUAAACACGUGGCUCAGGCUCACCGUCUGUCUGCGUACGGUGCUAAAGCUCAGAAACUGGGCCUGCCGGAGUGGCUUCUGUUCCACGAGUACAGUCUGACGGACAACAGCAUACGCACGCUCACACACAUCUCACCACACGCGUUUGUUCAGAUGGCGCCGCAGUAUUUCUUCUGCAAUCUUCCUCCUAGUGAAAGUAAAGAGAUCCUGCAGAAUAUUCUGGACCGUGACAGAACCGGUAUCCCUAAAGCAAAAACUCGACCAGAACCAAAGACAGAGACGCAGGAGAGCGAAGCACAGGAGCGAUGUGUUUUACAGUAAACUCAGCGGAGAAACAAUCAUGUAAAUAUUUUCAAUUGAAGAGACACUCAUCGUCAAUCUGUUUGGGUUGUUUAUUAUUAUUUUUGUGGGCUGAUUAUGUACAGAAUGAAUAAAUUAUUUCACUGGUUUGGGUGAUUUGUGGUCAAA